CCAUAUCAUAUUAAUUACUACCUACGACAAACAUUCUACUAAUGGGUGCGACAAUGUCUUCGCAUGGAGAAAACUCCCAUACUAAGAGCGUGCGUUCUCUAACUGCGCCUCUAUUCAAAUGGAGAAGAUUCGACGAUAAGAUUCACGAUCUCAAUAUCACCAUCGAAAGAUCUCCUUCCCAGUCAUCUCCAUUGUCGAACCUACCUUUAGAACUUCGAGAACAGAUAUACAGCUAUGUAUUUCAUGAUCAUACCAACAACCAAGACUGCGAAGACUUCCACCUCGGGUUGGGCAAUCUAGGUUGCAGAUGUGGGAAAGGAUUAUCUCGUUCGAAUUAUUUCUUCUACAACGAGACUCGAAUCCGAUAUUACGAAUGUGCCAGAUUUGUCUUCACAACACCUGAAGCCUGUAAGAAUUUCCUCGGAAUUGGCAGGAUCACGAAAAACAUGGGCAACCUCUCGAUCGCAUACAAGGAUGAAUAUGCAGAAUCGUCUCUGCUUCGGCCGAUAUUCAAGGAGCUAGUAUUUUCCUCCAGUUUGGAAAGUCUACACCUGCGUAUCAAAGAGGAUCCGCUUCUGAGAAGACGACCUUUGCCUCCUAUAUAUAUGCCAACCGUUGACAAGGCUUUGCAAGCUCAGAAGUACGACCUACUGUUGCGUCCCUCGAGACAUCCGUUGUCGGACCUGAAGUGUCUUCGAGCACUGGUGGUGCAAGGCCAGCCCCAACAUGAAAUCGAAGAGGCCCUUCUCAAGCUAAAUUUUAAGAUCGAAGAUCUAGCGAAGAAGGAAGGAAAGUCUCUCCUAACAAAAUGCCAAUGGCGUCCAGCUUUUGGAGAAUGGUUCUAUGAAAUCAAAAUUAUCGACCCCAUCCAUGGACGACACGUCAGCCCUUUCGACGACCCAUUAUUGGAUCAAACAGAGCCUUUUGUUAUCGAGCAGACAAGCUUCGCUUUCAAUUGACAAGGUAGCUGUCCAAGGACAAAGUCUAUAUUUGCGGAAUAAU